AUGCGGGCCGCCCAGACCCCCGCCGCGCAGCAGCGGCCCCGGCGCCCCCCCCUGCAGGAGCUGCGGCUGCAGCCGGGCGCCGAGCGCACCAGUCUCACCCCGCUGUUCCGCCGGCUGCGGCUCAAGGACCAUGACUGCGCCACCCCAGUGUCCUGCACCCGGGGGCCCCCCAGCAAUGUCACCCGGGUGCCCUGCACCCCAGGACCCCCCAGAAGUGCUAUCCUGCUCCCCCCCAGCAGCACCGUCCCAGAGUCCCCUGGGACUCCUGCCCUGGGGCCCAGCACCUUGAAGACCCCCGGCAGUCCCACCCUGAAGCCUGGUGCCCCUGAGCCCCCCAGGUAUCCCACCCUGGUGCCUGGUGCCCCAGAGCCCCCCAGCAGCACCAGCCUGGAGCCCCCUGGCAGUUCCACUCCAGGGCCCAGCACCCCGGAGCCCCCCAGAAGCCCUAUGCCAGCCCCGCUGUGCAGCUCCAUCAUGGGGCCCAGCACCCCAGAGCCCCCCGGCAGCACCGUGCCAGCCCCCCUGUGCAGCUCCAUCAUGGGGCCCAGCACCCCAGAGCCCCCCGGCAGCACCGUGCCAGCCCCCCUGUGCAGCUCCAUCAUGGGGCCCAGCACCCCAGAGCCCCCCGGCAGCACUGUGCCAGCCCCCCUGUGCAGCUCCAUCAUGGGGCCCAGCACCCCAGAGCCCCCCGACAGCACCGUGCCAGCCCCCCUGUGCAGCUCCAUCAUGGGGCCCAGCACCCCAGAGCCCCCCAGCAGCACCGUGCCAGCCCCCCUGUGCAGCCCCAACCUGGGGCCCAGCACCCCGGAGCCCCCCAGCAGCACAGUGCCAGCCCCCUUUUGCAGCCCCAACCUGGGGCCCAGCACCCUGGAGCCCCCCAGCAGCACGGUGCCAGCCCCCUUGUGCAGCCCCAACCUGGGGCCCAGCACUCCGGAGCCCCCCAGCAGCAUGGUGCCAGCCCCCUUGUGCAGCCCCAACCUGGGGCCCAGCACUCCGGAGCCCCCCAGCAGCACGGUGCCAGCCCCCCUGUGCAGCCCCGUCCCAGGGCUAUGUACCCCGGAGCGCCCCAGCAGCACUGUGCCAAACCCCCUGUGCAGCCCAGUCCCAGGGCCAUGCAUGCCAGAGCCCCCCAGCAGCGCCAUGCCGGCCCCCAUAUGCAGCCCUGUCCUGGGGCCCUGCACACCAGAGCCCCCCAGCAGCGCCAACCCAGCACCCUGCACCCCAGGGCCCCCUGGCAUCAUCAGCUCAGUGCCUUGCACCCCGAACUCCCUGGGCAGCACCACUCUAGCACCCUGCACUCCCGGCCCCCCCGGCAGUGUCAGCCUGGCCUCCUGCACCCCAGGGCUCCCUGGCACCAGCUCCACCCCGCAGGAAGCUCCAUUCCACGGCUGGCGAGCGGUGCCCGCUGACCUCUCCUGCAGCCCCGUGGCCCCUGAGCCCUUGGCUGGAGAUGGGAGUGUGGGUCCCCCGCCUUGCCAAGACACCCCUGAGGGGUGCAAGUCCCCAGCCCCUGCCCCGCCAGAGCAGCCCCCGCCCAGACCCCCUCCCACUGAGGCAGGUAGGUCAGAGCAUGCCAGGUUGGAGGCAACGGCCACCCCCAUCCCCUCGCCCGAGGUGGCCCCGGGUGCUGUGUCCUGGGUGUUGCCGCUGGUGUGGCUGGAGAAGAGCCUCAACACCUCGUCUCUGCUGGAGUCCCUGCGGCACAGCCUGCCCCUGCCUGUGCCCACCGCGGUCGCCGGCACCAGCGUCACCCCUGUGCCCACCGCGGUCGCCGGCACCAGCGUCACCCCUGUGCCCACCGCGGUCGCCGGCACCAGCGUCACCCCUGUGCCCACCACGGUCGCCGGCACCAGCGUCACCCCUGUGCCCACCGCAGUCACUGGCACCUUCAUGACCCCCCGAGACCUGCGGGAAAAGAGCACAAACACAUCCGUGGGUGGCCCUCCAUGCGCCAAGGACAACGCUGCCGAAACAGACUCCCUGCUCUGGCACUGUCCCCGGGAGCAGCUGAAGUCCCUGCCACGGGCAGAGCUGGAAGGGCGGCUGGAGAGCACCCUCAUCAUCAUCGAAGCCCUCUCGCACCAGCUGCGCGACUGGCAGGAGAGCCAGCGGCCGCUGCCCGGCGUGGGCCCGGCCGAGCAGAGGGACGUGCUCACACAGACAGACAUCACCCACCCCAAAGGGGGUGCCUGGAGCAGGCAGUGCCUUCUGUUUCGAGGCCUCGUGGAUGCCAUGUUUCAGAGCUUGCAGGAUGAGCAGGGAGCCCUCGACCGGGAGGAGCAGGCGAGGGCCCUGGUGUCCCGGUGCCGGGCCAUGCUGGAGAGCGUGCCCGGCAAGCUGCGGAGCUGCCUGGAGGAGCGGGAUGCCAUGAGGCAGCGAGCAGACGAAGCCCUCCGAGCCAAGGAAGAGGGCGAUCGCUUCCUGGAGGCCUUCCGCGCCCACGCCAGCGCCCGGAUCAGCGCCCGCGACCAGAGCCUGGCAUCCCAGCGAGAGCUGGGCACGCUGCUGGCGGAUGCCAUCGACCAGCAGGUAUCCCUGGCUGCUGAGGCUCAGCCUUUCCGGGAAUUCAUAGACAUCACUUUUGAAAAUCUGGAGGAGGAAAGGAGAGCCCUGGAUGCGGAGCGGGAGCAGGCGAGGGCCCUGGUGUCCCGGUGCCGGGCCGUGCUGGAGAGCGUGCCCGGCAAGCUGCGGAGCUGCCUGGAGGAGCGGGAUGCCACGAGGCAGCAAGCGGACAAAGCUCAUCAAGCCAAGGAGGAGGCGUCCUGCCAGCUGGAGGAGACCUCGGUGGCCCUGCGGGACUCAGUGGCUCAGCUAGAGCAGCUGACGGUGGCCAACUCGCGCCUCAGCGCAGAUCUGAGCUCCCUGAUGACGAAUCUGGCCAACCUGGAGCAGGAGCGGGAUGCGCUGCAGCAGGAGAAUGAGAAGCAGUGGGAGGAGAUGGCCUGGCUGGCACGGCAGAGGGAUACCCUGCAGCAGGAGUGCAAUGGGCUGUGCCAGGAGCUGCGGGAGGCAACUGAGUGCUGGGAGUUCCUCGACCAGGAGAACCGCAUGUCCCGCACGCAGCUGCUGGAGGUGGAGGCCAGGCUGAAGUCCUCGCUGGCCACCCUGCAGGAGCGCAGCCUGCAGUACGAGGAGCUGAUGGACUCCCACCAGCGCCUGCGGGAAGAGCAGGCUGCCCUCAGCCAGGAGCUGGAAAACACCAAGGCCGAGCUCCUCAGCUUGCAGCUCAAGAGGGACAAAGUCUCCUGGUGCUCCACGGACAUCGCCGAGAGCAAGAUGCGGCUGCAGGAGCUUGCUGACUGCCUCAGGGCUGCUCUGCAAGAGGAGGUAGGAGAUGAUGCCCCAUCGAGAAGCAGAGCCUGGACACCGGCUCCACGGACGCCGGGUUGGAGGACACCGGGCUUGCAGACACCCCGCCGUGCCUGGACCCCCGCCUGCCGCACACCGGCAUGCCGCACCCCGUACCACACCGGGGGCUCCUUUGUGGGCAGCGUCCUGAAAGCGGUGUCGGGGAAAGAUGCCGAUGAAACCGCCGGAGGUGGGAGUGCAUUUACCAAGGACAAACCUGCCUCUACACCGAAGCCAACAGAGCCUGAGGACGGUCUGCUGGAGAGCGUAAAGGAGCUGAGAGCCAUUGUCUCUGACCUCACCAUGCUGAGCUCCCGCAUCCAGGAGCUGGAGCAGAGCGAGUUCAAGGCGCUACAGACAGAGAUCUCUGACCUGCGGCUCCAGCUGGAGACAGUGACAACCGAGAGCCAGGAGAAGAUGGAUGCCCAGGCUGCCACCAUUGCCAAGCUGAACAAGGCGCUGAGGGGCAAGCUAGAGAACGAGAAGGAGCUGCAGGAUGUAGUGAAACAGCAGGAAGAGAAGAUGCUGCACCUCAUCGACAAGAGUGGGGAAGUCACGAGGCUGAAGGGAGAAGUCUCGCAGCUAAAGCGCUCGCUCCAGCGUGCAGAGACAGAGGCCAAGGUGCUGUGGGAGGAGAUGCGGGGGCAGGAGCCCAAGGUGGACGCUGCCUAUGUCCAGGAGCGAGUCCUGCUGCGGCAGGAGGUGGACAAACUGCGGCUGCUGCUCCUGGAGAAAGAGGAUGAGAAUCUGCUGCUCUCCGACAAGUACCUGGAGCAGGUCCAAGGGCUGGAGCUGAGGCUCCAUCAUGCCCAGAAAGUGCUGAGGACCCACGAGGAGAUGCAGGAGAAGAUGAAAGAGGUCCUGUUGGCCGUCCCCGACGUGGCAGUGGGCUGCCAGGAGCUCCAUGGCCUGCUGCGGUACUUGGGCCUGAAGCCGGCCAGUAGCAGCAAGGAAGCCGCUGAGCCGCUAUAGCCCGUAGCA